CAGCUGUGACUCACAGGUGCACACUCUUCUCUGGUGCUCUGCAAAGCAUUCUCGGAAUUGCCAAUUAGAAUAACAAAACUCAAUCACAGAGUAAGGGACAGAAAGGGUCGUGAUGCUCACACCCAGCAGCAGGAGGCUAGGGGCUUUGCUUUACGGUGGUGCAGCUGUAUGUCCUGCUGGGCACAAGAGGAAGAGGACCACACAGGAAAGCAGGACUGCCAAAGCUGAUCCAGCUGUCCUCCCCCCAGCCUGGCAAGGCCUCCAGCAGUGGUUGCUUCUUGCAACCCACCAGGAGCUGAUAACUGGGAAGUUGUAUAAAAACUCAGGUUCAAACCCCACCCAUAGCACCAACCGUCCCCAGAGCACCAUCAGGACUCCUGGCACACAUAUAAAGGCAGACAGGCCAGGACACCCCUGGCAGUGUGCUGCACAUCCCUGGUGUUGGACUUCUUGUGGCAGAGGCAUCAGGAACCACCAUGUCAGGUAGAGGUUUCCAGGGGCUGAAGGAGCAGGCAGAAGGAGCGGCUAAAGAUGCUGCGAGUGCGUUGGGACAGGCUACUCAGGAUGCAGUCAGCCAGAUUACAGAUGCCGGCCAGAAAGCUGUGGAUAAGGCUUGUAAGACAACACAGGAUGGUGUAGAAAAAGCAGCUGGGCAAGCUGCAGAAGCAAUGUCUGGCUUUGGGAAAAAAUGUGGAUUUAAGAAAUGAUGUUGAUGUAAGCAAGCAGUACUGCAUGUCAAAUCCAUCUUCACAAUUCCCGAUUCCUCUGCGUAGAAAGCAAAAGCUAUCUGAGAUCUGGAUAACUACUCUCUCCCCACAUACAAAAUCAUAAGGCAGAAUGCUCUCCUCAUCCUACCCACAGGAAAAACGCAUCUCAGUGUAUCUCAUAACAUCUGCUCACCAUGUUCUGUUCAAAGUGGGCUAUAAGGCUUCAGCAGUGUUAUUGCCCUGCUCUUGUAGCAGUGCAAUAGUGAUUGCUACAUCUGUUGAAUGUACUCACAAAAAAAAGCAGAACUGAUACUAUUCUGGAAUACAGAAAUAUCCACAUGAUUAAACUAGGUUCCCUUCCAGUGAUCAGAAGUUAAGCUGCUGUUGUAUUUCAUGUCAAUUAUUUGCUUAUUCCAUUUUGCUGUACUUUC